CAAUGAGCGGACGCGUUUAAUUGGUGAGUAUAAGUUCCUUUACUUGUAUCGUAUAUAAGCAAUGUUAUGUUAUGUGUGUUGUUGAUAGUCUAUGAAGUUCAGGCCUGUAUAAUUGUUAAAGUGUUAAUUGUUGCCGGCAAGUUAGGGUUAGUACCCUGUUGACUGAAGUACUCAUAGGAUCUAAAGGAUAAAACCAGACAUCUCUGCGAGGAAAGUGAGGGAGAGUAAGCUCUCUGAACCUCAUGUUAAGGGGAAGUAGCCUUAUGCCUCAAUAGGAGAUCACUCUUGGCCUGGAUCUUGGAUCGGUAGUUGAUCAGGUAUAUGAGGUACGGUCAGUCAGGAAUUGGUAAGGUCAUGAGACUCUGAUAGUGAUUUUGGAGUGUGAAUUACCGUAGGGAGGAUUAUGUGAAAUCUUUGUCCCUGGUGUAGUAAAUUGUCAUUUACUGUUUGUAGUAAUUUUGUGUUUAUUUGUAGUAAGUUAUUACUCAAUAAUAUAGUAAUUAUUUGAGAUAUCUUUGUUUCUUUGUGUAUUAUCAUUUACUGGCUAUAGUAAGUUGGUGAUAUCUAGUUAUUGUUGUCUGUAGUUCUAGGAAUUGUAGGUAAAAAUGGAAAUUGUAAAUCAAUUUGUUGGAAAGUAUGCAUCUGCUAGUUUUAAGAUUUGUACAGAUGAUGCCUUGACACACCAGUUUAAUGAUAUUAUGAAACAAUGUGAUGAGCAGAAUGCGAGUAGCAAACAUAGAAAGGCGAGUAAAAAAGCAAAGAAAGAGAAAUUAGCUAAUAUGUUGUGUAUGUUAAUGAAAAUGAAAGAGAUUGCAGAACAAAAGGAAUUGCAAUGGUAUUCUGAAAAGGCUCAGUUAAGGGGUGAGCUGGAUAAGGUUGAACAGGAUAUUACUGUGGCUAUUGCUAGUGCUGGAAGUGAUGGUUGUGAGUGUGAAGAGCUCAGAGAGGAAGUGGACAGACUGGUUCAACAGAAUUGUGAUUUGGAGGAUGAAAUACAGGAAUAUGAGGAAAGAUGUAGGCUUAGAGAUCUACAAAUUGCUUCAUUAGGAGAAAAAGAAGCAAAGAAUGAUGAUGUUGUGAGAGCACUUAAGAAUCAGUUACAUGAUGCUAAUAAACAAUUGGUUCAUAAAGAGCAUUGCAGUGGGACCUUGAGACCUCAGGAAAAUGCAAAAGUUAAUAAUUGUUAUUGUGGCAAUCAAACACAAAUGUAUGGUUCCCCUGAACAGGAGAAAAGAGAUAGGAAAUGGGGGGAGGAGCAGCCUAUUUGCACUGCAGAUGAUCUACAAUCGACCCCAGAUCAUAGUUCCUCUCUCUUUAUUCCUGUAUCAGAUGGAAGUAGACAAAGAAGGGAUAGUUUGCAUAUUCAUGGUAGCAAUCGUGUCCAAUCCACAACACUCUCUAUACAGGACAAAACAAACCUAUGCCAAAUUUUGGGGAAAUUUGAUACUAGUGCCUCACCCAUUAGUCUUUCCAAUAGGUUGGAAGCUGUGGUUACGCAGUAUAAUCUCAACAAUAGAGAUGCAUGUGCCUUAUUUCGUGUAUGGCUCCCAUCUCAGCUUUGUGAGAAGUUGCAGCCUCCUGUGGGCACUCACAAAGGAUUAUCUGCAGAACUCAACUCCAACUGGGGAAAUGCAAAUGAUAGGCUGAAAGAGUUGCAUAGAGUGAUGGGAGGAAGAGAUACCAGAGGUACCAAUGCCCUAGAGAAUGCUAAGUUAAAGAGAGGGGAUGACCCAAUUAUUUUCUGCAGUGAAUAUUUGACCAUAUUUCGUGCUACCUAUAACUGUCCUGACAUGUCUCCUGACGACAGCAGUUUUCUCUAUUCAAUGGCUAAUAAAUGCACUUUUGUUGACUAUCCAACAAAGAUUGCCUUAAGGAAUGCAAAUUCCUAUCAAGCCUUUUUGAAUAUCUUAAAGGACUGGAUUCAGGAGACUAGUCAUGACAGCAAGCCCCAAAAGAGAAUAUCAGAGAUAGUUAAGAAUGAAGGCAAAGUGAGAUUUAUGGGAAAGUGUUACAAGUGUGGAAAUAUGGGUCAUACUAUGAGAGAGUGCAGAAGUAAUAGGAAAGAUAACAACAAAGAUUUUAUACCAAAAAAACUGCAACAAAAGCAAGGAUUAAAUAAUGAAGCUGAUAGAGUACCUCAGACUCCUGAAGCUACAUUAUAUGGUCCACUUUUGAAGGAGAUCAGGAGGAUAGGCAAAGCAAUAGCAGAGAUGCCAGAUGAAUUAAAGGCCCCACCUCCAACAAAUCCUUAUAUGAAACAAUAG